AAAUAGAGACUCAGCAAAACAAAGAAAUGCUGGUCCUGGGCAGACAGGGAAUUGAGGGGUACUUAAACCUAGGAAUGCCCCUCAGCUGUAUUCCUGAAAUGUCUCACUUGGAAAUUACAUUUGUCACAAAUAAUAGUAAGCAAGGUAACCAGACGCUUUUUCGGCAUGAUGAAACAGUUACCGCUGAGUGUAUCAAAUUUUAUAUUUAUGCAAUUGGAAAGGGGAGAAAAAGGAUUGUUAAACGCAACAGACUUCACAAUAAAGGAUGCAAACUCUGCGUCUAUGCUUUUAAAGGAGAAACCAUCAAGGAGGCGCUGUGCAAGGAUGGCAGGUUCCUUACCUUUCUGGAGAAUGAUGAUUGGAAGCUCAUCGAAAGCCUGGAAUGUGUUUUAGAAAGCACACAGUCAGUCGAUGACUUAGAGGGCAAGUUCUUUGAGGUUGAGUUUGAGAAAAAAAUGAGCCUUCGGGCAACAGCCUCUCAGAAUUCUGAGUCAGAGCAAAGAGACAUCCAUGUGACCAGUUCACAAAUUGUGGACCAGUAUCCCAGUUUGAAAGGAGAAAGUGACAAAAUCAGAAAACACUUCAACCAAAAAAUGAAAGCAAACAAGAAUAAAAAGUCAUUGUUCAACUUGCAUAAAGCAAAUUUUGGGAAACUGGUCAGCAACUCAAUUACGAUAAAAGACCACAAAUGUUUUUCUCAUUUUGGUCAAUCCGUUGGAUAUAUAUAUAGUAAAAAUUUUUGUGGCACCUGCUUUGUUUUAAAAGGACCGUACAUUAUUACUUGUCAGCACGUGAUAGAUAUGAUUAUAGGAGAUGGUGUAGAGCAACAUCUCUGGUUAGAAUUAAUUAGUAAGUAUGCAAGGGUGACGUUUGAUUAUGAAGACUACACAGAAAAAGAAAAGAAUUCCUUUUUUCUUGACUCUUUUCUGUUGACUGGUGCAACUUUGGAUUAUUGUAUUCUGAAGCUGAAGGAAAAUGGACAACAGGUACCUUCAGGACUGUAUAAUAGAAUUGCUUCUAUACCACAUAGUGGGUUAGUGUACAUUAUCGGCCAUCCAUAUGGAAAGGAAAAGUCUACUGAUAAUUGUUGUGUAAUCCCUCUGGGUCAGCGAGAAAAAGCAUGUCAGGAUCAUUAUCUUCAAAAUAAAGAAGCAGUGGAUAGCAGUGGUCAGUUUGUCCAUAUGCAUACUAUGAACAGCUUUAAGAAUAUAUUUAACAAUCCUCAUGUGAUUACGUAUGAUACUAGUUUUUACUUUGGGUCUUCUGGUUCCCCAGUGUUUGAUCCAGAUUUUUCAUUAGUGGCCAUGCAUACCGCUGGCUUUGCCUAUAACUACGGCAAAGGUAAUAUUUGUAGUAUCAUUGAGUUUGGUAUUAGCUUGGGAUCCAUCCUCCAAGAUAUUAAGGAAAACCACCGAGAGUGGUAUGAAUCAAAAUAUAUGGCUUCCAAGGAUAUAGAAAUGAUAAGUGAUGAAGACUGA